CACCAACGGAAAAGAAAAGGAAGCGGUGCGUUUCAGGAAGUGAACGUGUGUAUGGAGGGUUAUCUGUUGCUUUCAGCCACCGCUUGCAAUUGUUACCCAAUGAAAGUGACAGGCUUUUUGUUUCGCUGGGACGUUUGUUACCUUAAGUUAGCGUGAAGCCGCAGUCACGCCUGUUUCUGUUUUAGUUAACGCUUAGCAUCGACCAAAUUGGUGUCUUCAGGAUCCGUCGUGUCGCUUCUUCAGUUUUCCAAACAUGUACACUUUAUUUUCUGGAUUAUACAAGUACGUGUUCCAAAAAGAUGAGUACUGCAUCUUGAUCCUUGGUCUGGAUAACGCUGGAAAGACGACCUUUCUGGAACAAACCAAGACCAAGUUCAGCAAGAACUACAAGGGGAUGAGUCUGUCAAAGAUCACAACAACAGUCGGCCUGAACAUUGGCACGAUUGAUGUGGGGAAAGCCCGGCUGAUGUUCUGGGAUCUUGGAGGCCAAGAUGAACUCCAGUCUUUGUGGGAUAAAUACUAUGCUGAGUCCCAUGGAGUCAUCUAUGUGAUCGAUUCUACUGAUGAAGAGCGUCUUUCAGAGUCAAAGAAGGCUUUUGAGAAAAUGAUCAGCAGCGAGGCGUUAGAAGGUGUUCCUCUCCUUGUUCUCGCCAACAAGCAAGAUGUACUGAACUGUUUGUCAGUGGCAGACAUUAAAACCGCCUUUAGUGACUGUGCACCUAAGAUCGGCAAGAGAGACUGUUUAGUCCAGCCUUGCACCGCUCUCACAGGGGACGGAGUAAACGAAGGCAUUGAGUGGAUGGUGAAGUGUGUGGUGAGGAACCUUCACCGGCCUCCCAGACAGAAGGACAUCACCUAAGACAAACCAUCAGAGGACUUCCUCCCCUCUUCUCAUCACUUUAUGUGUCCCUUUACAACAUUUAAGGAGGCCUUUGGAGCUGUUGAUGUCAUGCUGACACAAACAAAUUAAGAUUCCUCACCCAAUUCUGUUUUGGGACAAGUAGCAGCACAGCCUAACGUUUUCAUUGUGUUUGAGCAUCUGGUGUGCAUUAUUGAGACUGAUAGGCACCACACACACACACACACACCCUUCAGAAUGCCUGUUUAAAGGAUACCCUUCAUUGGAAUUAGUUGGGUUAGUAGACCCACUUCUCCACAUGUAUGUAAAAUUCAUCCUAAAUAAUACCAAAAGAUUUAAUGUGAUUUCAGACAUACAUUCACUUUGUGCUCCGCUUCACUCAUCAGUCUGGUGGUUGAAGCUGAAGCAAGGCAGUCCUGUCUGUGUUUGGGUUGAUUCUUGGAUAUUCAGUGUCCUGCCCAGUGGGGUGCCGUAGAAACAGGUGCAGCAGGAAUGAAUGGAGGACACGGUGUUCAAAGUAUGUUGGGUUUAUUGUUUUUAACAAGUAUAAUUUGCUGAGUCACAACUGAUGGCUGGGUAACUGGUAUUUACUUUAAUUUAGAUGAUUAUUGGAAUAAAAUCAUCUCAAAGA